UCGUUAUAUAUUCCGUCCUCCCUCUCGUUUUCCCUGCGAUUUUGCUUCCGCAUUCGGGUCGCCAUCGACUUUUGUAUUCUCGCGAACAAUCCACAGGCGCGGCCGUGAAUUCACUGUCGUAUACUUACGAUUCACGCCUUAUAAGUAUACGAACAGUUUUUGUAUUAGAAUAGAGGGAGAAUAAAGAUAAAGACAGAUUGAGAUUAUUGAGAGAAAGAGUCCUAGGAAUCAAGGCAGGGGAGAGAGUUGAAGGAUCCGUUGACGCAGAAAUAGAGAGAAUGGGACCGGGUUCGAAACAAGCGGAGCUACUAAGGCAAGAUGGGAAUCUUUACUUCUCAAAAGGUCGAUUUGGUGCAGCAAUCGAUGCCUACACUGAGGCAAUCACGCUGUGUCCAAAUGUCGCGCCUUAUUGGACCAAUCGUGCUCUCUGUCAUCGGAAACGGAAUGAUUGGGAAAAAGUUGAAGCAGAUUGUCGCAAAGCCAUUCAUCUGGACCACAAUUCUGUCAAGGCCCAUUAUAUGUUGGGACUUGCCUUAUUACAGAUGGAAAAAUAUGCUGAAGGAGUCCAGCAAUUGAAAGAGGCUUUGGAUCUUGGGAGGGGUCCAAACCCAAAGGGUUACAUGGUAGAGGAGAUUUGGCAGGAGCUUGCAAAAGCAAAAUACAUGGAAUGGGAGCUUUCAUCUACUAAGCGGUCAUGGGAAUUAAAAAUCUUGAAAGAAGCUUGUGAGUCAGCUCUUACAGAAAGAAAUUUCUUAGAUAAUCUGGCAGAGGAGUUUGGGGAUGAAGUUGCUGCUGAACAUUUGAAGCAGUUUGAAGCUCUGGAACAAGUAUUCCAGAAGGCUGCCGAAGAUGACACUCCAUCUGAUGUGCCGGAUUACCUGUGUUGUAAAAUCAGUCUCGAUAUUUUCCGCGAUCCUGUCAUAGCUCCCAGUGGGAUUACGUAUGAAAGAGCAGUGAUCAUGGAUCAUCUUGAGAAGGUGGGUAAUUUCGAUCCAACCACACGUGAACCACUUGAACUAUCCCAGCUAGUACCAAAUUUGGCAAUAAAGGAAGCAGUGGAGGCAUUUCUAGACAAACAUGCUUGGGCUUACAAGAUGGACUGAAAGCCGAAACUUGCAGACAAUAUUUGAUGGACGAAAAUGGGCAGUGCACUGUUCGUUUAGACUAACGCCUUGUUCUGCAUUUUGUAAGGGACUGGUCAGCCUCUUUUUGCAUUUGUUUGUGUAGGCUUUGAUGCGUCGUGAUGCAAGCAUUCAAUAAGAGAAAGGCGGCAUUAUGUUUUGAAUUGUACAGGUAUCUUAUGUAACUCUUUUUUUUCACUUAAAGCUUGUACAUAUUAUUGCCUUCAAAGUGUCAAUUGAAGGAUUUAUUUAGUAAGAGAUUGAUUGCUAUGAACAACUGCUUACAGUAAUUAAUGUUUGGUUUCUUAUCUUGUUUUCCAAGAUCA